AAUUCACCCGCCACUCUGUACACGGUAUCCGAGUGCGGUGCUUACAUCGGCCGCUGAUCCGCUCUUUUAGCCUUCCCUUUCGCCGUUCUCUUCCUAUUUCUUACUGAUUUUCCCCGCAUCUCGAUUCAGUUACGCACGUUUGAUCGGACGUACACGUGUCUCGAGUCCGCUGAACAAGUUACACGAUUAAAUCCCAGCGGAUUCGAAAUCGCGAGAACAUUUCGUAUUGAGCGAUAAGUGCCGAUACAGACCGACGAGAGUACCAACAAUUCUGUCGUACAUGAUCGAGGACUCGACGGAUCACAUUUGGAAUCACAUUGGUCAACCGGAAGAUCUCACGACUUCUAGGAUCGCAGGAUCGUGAUCAGUAGAGUAGCUACACCUCUCAUUUGCCAACCGGCUUAGCUUCUUCCAACUAUUGGCGGCGAGGGAAAUUCCGGCCGGGAUCUAACGCGUGCCGAUUCUUUUGAAGUAAUUUUAUUUACAAUGGAGAUCGCGUAUACGUAUCGUUGCAAAAGAUUCUGAGUGGAUCUCCAUAAACCUUUUAUGAAAGUCACGAUGCAGCACAGAUCAUUCGAGAAGCUCGUUUGUUUGCCUGGCCAGUACAAGUGGGGAAAAGUAACAAAGGACAUUAGCUUUGUUGCAGCUAUCUGCAGAAAUCUUGUUCACCUUGGGGUCCGAACUUGACCAAGAACCUGUUAUUUCCUUAGAAAAAUCUUUGAUCCGAUGACGAAUAGUCAAAAUACUUGUGAAUUCUUUACAUAAGUGCAGCGAGUUUUCCUCUUAACGUUAACUUCCUAUAAUCCUACUUUUUAUGCUUCUAGCCCCUUUUAUGCAAGUAUUUUUGAAAUAAUACGUUGGCGAGAAUUUAGUAUCUCACAAAACGAAACAACGAGCUAUAUUCGUACAGGCAACGCUUGUAGUUUUUAUGGAAUUAUAUUUAUAUUAUUUUUUUCUGCUUUUUGACUGACAUCGAGUUUUGACAAAAAAGAAUGAGUCUUGCAGCACGCAGAAUACAGAUGAUUUAUGUCAUUUGAUUUACUCAUUCACGAUUACUCAUCAAAGAUUGCAUUGCUUCAGGCUACAAGAUGUCUAACAUCGUGGAAUGGUAUAAAGAUUUUAUGAUCAAAACCCAAGAUCCGAGAACGGAAGGAUGGUUUCUGGUAUCUGGUCCUGGUCCAACUUUGAUGAUUAUAAUGACAUACGUAUAUUUCUCCGUGUCUGCCGGACCGAGAUAUAUGAAGGACAAGAAACCAUACGACUUGAAAAAUACCUUGAUAAUUUACAACUUCAUCCAGGUCCUCUUAAGUAUCUACUUGUUUCAUGAAGGUUUAAUGGGUGGUUGGCUGUACGAAUACAGUUUUGUCUGUCAGUCAGACGGUUAUACAAGCAAACCGAAUUCACCCAGGAUGGCCCGAGUUGUUUACGCAUACUUCAUAUGCAAACUGACUGAGCUGUUGGACACAGUAUUUUUCGUGAUGCGUAAGAAGGACCGGCAGAUCUCGUUCCUGCACGUGUAUCAUCAUUCAUUGAUGCCAAUGUGUGCCUGGAUCGGCACAAAGUUCUUUCCCGGCGGACACGCGACUUUACUUGGCAUCAUCAAUUCCUUCGUUCACAUCUUCAUGUACACGUACUAUAUGCUAGCAGCAUUCGGACCGCAUAUGCAGAAGUACCUCUGGUGGAAGAAGUACUUGACGAUUAUGCAGAUCGUGCAAUUCAUGAUAAUAUUCACGCACAAUUUCCAGUUGAUGUUCGUUACCUGUAAUUUCCCGAGACCGUUGUCGUUCCUACUCGUAGUCAACUCCGCCUUGUUCAUUUACAUGUUCAGUUCGUUCUAUAUAAAAACUUAUAUGAAAUCUAGCAAACAACGGAAAUCGAAAGCCAACGGUUCAUCGAUCAUGAGUGCCACUGACGCUACCGACGCUAUUACUGCCGACGCAAUUGACAGUAAAGAUCACGACAAGUACGAUUAAAAGACGGAGUUCUUUUGAUUGCGAAACUAUACUGCGACUGUAGGAUUGUAAAGAAAAUAAAAGUCUUCCAAGAAUGAAAUCGAAGAAUGAAUUUAUCAUGAAAAUAGUUAAUAUACACUAGAUAACGAAACAAUUUUCUCUUGACCUCGACGUUUUCCGUCGCAUAUUUGCAUAUUGCAAUACAGAAAGUUACGAAAGUAGGUCAUUGCAUUCUGGUAGAAAAAGGUGGAAGGAUUGAUUUAGCAUAUUCACGUCGUAAACGAUCAGCUUACAAAUAAUCUAUGCGAUGCCGGACAUUUUUACUUAGAUUAAGCUUAAUCUAGGAAAAUUUCAUUGUCAUUUGCAUAACAUUAUAGGCACGUUCUGACAACCUAAGACGAAUUUAACGAUUUGCGCAAAUGCAAAUAGUAAACCACAAUCUGACGCCAUAUAGUCAAGAUAAACCUAUCACAUUUUGCAUACAAUCCAUUUUUAAAUUACAAAUUAAAAUAAAUAUUUAUUAUUACUAAUAAAUUAAUAAAUAUUUCGUGCGAUACAUUAGAAUAUGUUAGCUGUUUACAUUUUGUCCGUUAACUCUGCAAUAAGACAUUUGAAUACAACAUCUCAAUACAAGACUUACAAGGGAUUUAAACUUACGUAUAAUAAUACUUACGUUGUUAAGAUAAAUUUAUCAAAUUUUUCUUCGAAGUAUUACGAAAUAUAAUUUGCUACAAAGACUUUGCGAUAAAGUAUUAUAUAUCUUUUAAAUUCGACGAAAUAGUAUUAUAUGUAAUUAAUAGAAUAUUAUCUACUCUAUAUGCAAUUUAUAAUUUAGAUAUUAAUUUUUUAAUGUAAUCUAAUAUGAAAACUACAAAAUUCGAGAAAUAGUAAUUAAAAAUUGGGCAAAUUAAUGCUAAGUUUUCCAUGUUCUACAUGCUAUCCUGCGCAACGAAUGACAUCUUAUUUACAAGUGAAAAUUCUCUAAUUAAUAAUAUUUCUGUAUUGCUGAUUUAAAUUGACUGUACAAAGUACUUUGCCAAAGUACAGACAAAAAGAUCAAACAGAAAAAGGAAAAUAUAUUUAUGGAAAUUUGCAAUUUAAAAUGUAAAUCAUAUCGCGAUUGAAAAAUGAUAUCAUCAGAAACGAAGUAUAAUAUUUACAAGGAUUAUAGACAAUGAUUUCAUUCAUAAAAGAUUUAUUGUCAGAUAUAGAUAGGAGAGAAUUACAAUAAAUGCUAACUUCAAUACUGUUAUCGAUGGUCGCUCGAGCAUGAAGAACAGCAAUCUAGCAUCAAUUUCGACAAAGAUAAUCUAUGUAAUGUAA